UCCCGGCUUGGUAUCGCUUUCCUCGUAGCGGGGGUUGUCGGUGUUAGCCUUUUCGAACUGUUGGGACUCGGGAGGCGGGAGGCUGAAGCUCCUAGAGGGCUAAAACAUCCUGGGCUGGUAAUGAAACCGAGUUUUAAAAAGCGACAGAGCUCCGAUUUUAAAGGACAACGCCAAGUAGCAAAGACUCAAUCUGAUUUCUGAAUGGAAGCGGAUGGUUUCAUGAGCAGACGGCUGAUGUCAGCAGAGACUCCUGGCGGGAACGGCGGAGUCGCGGGAGCUUCUGCGGGGGCAGAGAUUCGAUGGCUUGGCGGGAGGAUGUGGGGCGUUUCGGAGGGGAUUGUUGGAGGCUUGUCAUCGAGGAUUGCAGUAGAGUCGGAACUUCAGACUGUUCAAGUGCGUGCCCCAGCAGAGGCGUCGGGAACUCCCGAACCAGACUACGAGUGUCUCCCACAACACGCUUCCACUAGCACCCACAUGUUAGCAGGAGCAGUGGCUGGGAUCAUGGAACAUUGCUUGAUGUAUCCAGUUGACUGCGUCAAGACCCGCAUGCAGAGCCUGCAGCCGGAGCCCGCUGCCCGCUACCGCAACGUGGCGGAGGCGCUGUGGCGCAUCGUGAGGACCGAGGGCGUCUGGAGGCCCAUGCGGGGGCUGAACGUCACGGCGACGGGGGCGGGGCCGGCCCACGCGCUCUACUUCGCCUGCUACGAGAAGGUGAAGAAGGUGCUGGGUGACGCCGUCCACCCGGGACACAACAGCCAUUUGGCGAACGGAGCUGCAGCGUGCUUGGCCACUCUCCUUCAUGACGCAUUCAUGAACCCAGCAGAAGUGGUGAAGCAGAGGAUGCAGAUGUACAACUCCCCGCACCGCCGCGUUUUGGACUGCAUGGCGGCGGUGUGGCGGGAGGAGGGCGCCCGGGCCUUCUACCGCAGCUACACCACCCAGCUCACCAUGAACGUGCCCUUCCAGGCCCUGCACUUCAUGACCUACGAGUACCUGCAGCAGAUGCUCAACCCCCACAGACAGUACAACCCCGUCUCCCACAUGGCGUCCGGCGCCCUGGCGGGGGCCCUGGCGGCGGCCGCCACCACCCCGCUGGACGUCUGCAAGACCCUCCUCAACACGCAGGAGGCGGUGGCGGGGGGGGCGGCGGGCGGGCGCAUCUCGGGCCUGGCGCACGCCUUUCGGACCGUGUACAGGCUGGGCGGAGUGCCCGCCUACUUCAAGGGCGUCCAGGCCCGCAUCAUCUACCAGGUGCCCUCUACGGCCAUCAGCUGGUCCGUCUACGAGUUCUUCAAGUACGCCAUCACCAAGCACCACCACGAGAAGCUCGUGAGGGAGGGAGGAGCCAAGAACUAGCCCCGCCCCCUCGCUCGUCCCCUCCCCACGCCUCACCUUCUUGUUUCCAUAACCACCAUAAUGUAGGGAGGAGAAGUCGGCAUCAUGACGGGAUGGUAUUUGUGUCUGUCAGACCCCCCCCCCCCCCAGCAUUAAGACUCAAUAAUACGCCAAGCGCACAAUAGAAGGAAGAAUCUCCCCUUUACUCCUCCACCACAAUGUUAAUCAACAGUGUCAAUGUUCCACUGCAGGGCUAAGCAAGCAUAGCAUGCUCAUAUAUUCUCACAUAAAUAGUAAGGCAAAGUAUUGUUUGGGACAUUGUCUAAAAAAACACCAAAACCAAAAAUAAUUAUUUUUGUUUCUUUUUUUUUUUUUACUUUUUUUUAUAUUCAAAAAAUGCAUUUCCUCUUAAUCCCACCAGGGGACACUGUUGUUCUCGCACUGCGACACACACACACUACUAUCAGAUGCACAGCAAUAAGUAUCUGAAAUUGCGCACAAAAAUGUUAUGAUUUCGAGGUCACAAUGUGUAUACUUAUUGGCAGUUGAUAGGUUAGUGAAGACCGCUGUCUGUGUGUGUUUGUACACACUGCAUCAGGAAUUGUAAUUAAACCUUUUAUGGUUCAGAAGUGAUGGCUAAUUGGGGAAAAAAAUGUUUUAUGGUUUUGUUUUGAAACUGAAGUCUCUGUCCAACAAAAAACACCCCCCUCCAAAACACAGUUUUUUGAAAAAUUAUUAUUUUGUCAACAUUUCCUCUUGUACACACCCUCUUGGUCACAACCAAAUGGUUUCCAUGUAAAUCCUGCCCAGUUUUUGGCCGUCAGCAAGUUAUCUGCCUCUGGUCAUGCUUACCUGGCAAUCGCUCUUUAGGGUUGGAAAAAAAAACAAAUAUUUCUUUCUCCCCAUUGGUCAUUAGGUGGGUGAUGGAGAAGCCCAACUAAUCAAAGGCACUAUUCAAAUGAUGUUUCGUUUUGGUUGCUUCACUUGUGCUUUUUAUAAGAUGCUCGUCUACUUUGCAUAACUUGUGCUAAUCUUUGAAGCCAUAAGAUAUCGACCUUCAUAUCGCCAUUACAGUAAUAGAUUUUAAUAUCUCUUCUUGACCUGUUGCACCUCUGUGGUAUUCCAGUAAUUAAUUUUAUCUCACCCAUUUUUGGUCAGUCAGAAGAAGCCAAAGAAUGAUGCCAUACCUACAUAUGCAUGUGCAGGGACAAAGGUCCUCAGAUUUCCCAGAUAUAAAUUAUUCCCGGUUUAGAAAAUGCCUUUUGUUGAGGUAACCAUCAGUUGUCACACUUGCGAAUGAGACGGCCACAAGGGUCGGUGCCGAACCACGUAGCUCUUCAAAAAACGAAUGAAUACUACUGAACAUGCGGUUUCUGUUGUGCUGGCUACAUAUUAACUAACCCAAAUUUUUUAAUUUAAGUUUUUAUUGUUUUUCUUUUUUUUUUUUUAAGCGUAUCGUAAACAGAAUUGGUCUACAUCGGUAUCAUGUUGACUGCCCUGUGAAGUUUGCCUGGUGGUAAUAAAAUAUUUGGGGCUGUAGUUUUCUGAAAGCUGCUUGCCCAAGCUGGAACAAAGA